GCGCCCGCGCGCGCUUCCAACAAUCACACACCAGGCCACCACCACCACCAACCAGGGUCCAGACUCCAGAGACAAUCCAGCCAUGCCGCCUCCGUCCACCGCCGCGGCAGUCUCCUCCAUUAUCCGCCCGACGCCGCCUCCGGCCGUAUCCUUCCACCCCGUACCCCUCCCGCAGAUCAGGCGGCGCUCAUCAGCUGGCGCCGCAGCCGCUUCCCGGCUCGCCGUGGCGCGCGCCGCCGCCUCGGGGGCGCGCGGCGGCGGCGACGCCGAGACGGUGUUCUUCGACGGCGGCGCGCACUACGGCGACCUGGCGGCGAACCUGCUCCUGGGGCUGACCCUGCUGUGGCUGCCGCUGACGCUGGCGGCCGUGUCCCGCGCGUUCAUCCUGCGGUACCGCUUCACCUCCCGGCGCGUGACGGUGGUCUCGGGGCUCUCCGGCGCCGACCGCACCGACUUCCCCUACUCGUCCGUCACGUCCGUGGUGGUCGUGCCGCGGUUCGUGGGCGAGUGGGGCGACAUCGUCAUCACGCUCAGGGACGGCACCAAGGUCGACCUCAGGAGCGUGCCCAGGUUCCGCGAGGUCGCCGACUACUGCCGCUCCAUGGCCGCCGCUGAGGGCUCCCUCGUCGUCAGCUAGCGCCGCCAGCAGCCUGUGAUGCCUGUUCGUAGCCAUGCAUAACCCGUUGCCGUUGGGAUUCAGCAAAAGUCUUGUUAUAUGUUUCUUACGCGACGUACGUACAACAUCAUUAUCUGUAAUUCUUGAGAUGAAGUAUUCAAGAG